ACCGGAGGGGCUCAGAUCAUCGACCUCAUGAUGCUGGUCAUCGACGUCACCAAGGGCAUGCAGACGCAGUCCGCGGAGUGCCUGGUGAUCGGCCAGAUCGCCUGCCAGAAGCUGGUCGUGGUGCUCAACAAGGUGGACCUUCUGGCUGAGGGCAAGAGGCAGGCGGCCAUCGACAGGAUGACCAGGCGGAUGCAGAAGACGCUGGAGGGUACCAAGUUCCAGGGGGCACCAGUUGUGCCUGUGGCCGCCAAGCCCGGGGGACCAGAGGCCCCUGACACUGAAGCUCCACAGGGCAUCCCAGAGCUCAUCGAGGUACUGUCCAAGAUAUCCAUGAAGUCCAAAUGA